AUGGGCAAGAAGAAGGCGAAAUCGGCCGAGCAGAAGGCCCGGACUCAAGCGAAACAGUCCAAAAAGGCCGCUAAAGGGGAGAAGAAGAAUAAAGCGAAAGCCGCUGCGUUAAAUGCCGACUCUGACGCCGACGACGAUGGUGACCUCGAUGCUAUCUUAGCCGCUUAUGCGGAAGAGCAAGCCAAGUACCUGAAAAUCACCGAGCAGCAGUGUGGUCCUCCCGGGCCCAGAUCUUCUAGCACCUUGGUCGCCUCGCCGUCCAACAGGAACGAGCUUUUUCUGUUUGGCGGAGAGUAUCAUGAUGGUAGCACUGCAGCCUUUUACAACGAUCUUUUUGUCUAUCUCAUUGACAAAGGGGAGUGGCACCAGGUGGUUUCAGGAAACAGUCCGUUACCCCGUAGCGGUCAUGCUGCCUGCCGAGGAGGUAAUACCGGUGGAAUUUACAUUUCAGGAGGCGAGUUUUCGUCCCCCAAGCAGAAUCAAUUUUAUCACUAUCAUGAUUUCUGGCAUCUCGAUACCGUGACUCGGGAAUGGACCAAACUCGAGCCUAGAGGGAAAAGCAAAAGUCCUCCGGCUCGCAGUGGUCAUCGAAUGGUAUAUUUCAAAAACUAUAUUGUCCUCUUUGGAGGGUUCCAGGACACAUCUCAACAGACAAAGUAUUUGAAUGACACAUGGAUCUACGACUGCAAGGAGAACAUCUGGCACGAAAUGAAAGUUCCACCUGCAUCUCAGAAACCUGAUCCGCGAUCCUCAUUCAGCCUCCUCCCUCACGAGUCAGGCGCAGUUCUUUAUGGAGGCUACUCACGUGUGAAAACCACAUCCACGAGCGGCAAGCAAGGAAAAGGAAGCGGCCCUGCCACCCGCAACAUUCUCAAGCCCUUGGUCCAUCAAGAUACCUGGUUCCUGCGAAUCACUCCCCCGGCUGUGGACUCUCCGAGUGGCACACCCCCCACCCUGCGCUGGGAACGGCGUAAGAGGCCUGCCAACGCGCCAAACCCGCCUCGUGCAGGAGCCACAAUGGCCUUCCACAAAGGUCGCGGCGUGGCUUUUGGCGGCGUUCACGAUGUUGAAGAGAGCGAAGAGGGGAUCGAGAGCGAAUUCUUCAACGGGAUGUUUAUCUGGAAUAUUGACAGGAAUCGAUUUUUCCCAGUUACGCUACGAAGACCCAAGACGGGAAAGAAGCAGAUUCAAGCAUCUCGAGGCCGGGACAGAGGAAAGGCAGAUGAAGAGGAGCUUCUGCGCAACCUUGCGGCUCUGGAAACCAAAGGACCCAUUUCUGCAGCGGAAGACAUCGAGCCCAGUGUGGAAAAUCGGGUCGAAGAACCUGAGCCGACUAAGAAAGAUAUCCCCGUGCGCUUAGAAAUGCCUCAUCCUCGCUUCAACGCCCAACUGACAGUCCAAGAGGAUGUGCUGUUCGUUUUUGGCGGGACCUUGGAGAAAAGGGACGUCGAAAUCACCUUUUCAGAUCUCUACGCCGUUGACCUGGGGAAGCUAGAUGGGGUCAAGGAACUCCAUUAUGUUCAGCCCAUCAACUGGAACGUUACGAGUCAAGAGAGUGACGAGGAGAUGAGCGAUGACGAGGACGAAGAUGAGGAGGACUCGGAGAUGGACACGGACGACGGAGACAAUGAUACCAUGUCGAUUGGUGCACACUCGACGGCGCCAACAGAAUUCACGGCACCUUUAGGGGACCUGGAGACAGCGAUGGAAGCAGAGCCCGAAACCAGCGCACAGCUGGACUUCCGCCCCUUUCCACGCCCGUUUGAGAGUCUACGGGAUUUCUAUGCGCGAACAUCAGAAGAAUGGCAGAAACUCAUGCUGGAGUCGCCAAGUGCAAAAGCUCGGGCGUCGGCGGAACAGUCGGUCAAGGAACUCCGCAAAGUCGCCUUCGAGCAGGCGGAAGAAAGAUGGUGGGACUGCAGAGAAGAAAUCCGCAGUCUCGAAGACGAGCAGGAGGCCGCUGGCAUCGGAGAGGUGAUCAGCAUGGCAGAUCGAGGCACAGAGAGUGGAGGGACCCGGAGACGCUGA